UUAAGACACGCGAAAACGUCAGACCUCAAAUCUCGAUUCUCUCUACAUUCCCGUCCCCACCUACACAAUCCCCAGAAUCAUGGCAGCCAAGGGGGUAAUAUGCAGCCUGGCAAAGCCUUUACGGACGCAGUCAAGGCCAAUAUGGAGCCCAAUUCCCAAACGGACGCCCUCUACAACAGCAACAACAGCACGACGUCCCUUCUCUAGUAGCGCCCCGCGACGCCCUUUCAGCAGUGCCCCGCGCCGGGCGAGACAAGCCGCCGACGACCCAAACUUCGUCUCGCUUCUCGACAACCCGCCGCAGCUCGUUCGCGCAGGCCGCAAGCACGGCCCGGGCCUGAUUAUCCUCGCCAUCAUCCCCAUAACCGCCUUCAUCCUCGGCACAUGGCAAGUCAAGCGCCUCGCGUGGAAAACCGACCUAAUCGCCAAGUGCGAGGACCGACUAGUCCGGGACCCCCUACCUCUCCCGCCGCGGGUAGACCCCGACGCCGUGGCAACCGAUUUUGACUACCGGCGCGUCUAUACGACCGGCCGGUUCCGGCAUGACCAGGAGAUGCUAGUUGGCCCCCGCAUGCGCGACGGUGAGCAAGGCUAUCUGGUCGUGACACCCCUCGAGCGCGGAGGGGACUCCGCCACCACGGUGCUGGUCAACAGGGGUUGGGUCUCCAAGAAGCUGGCCGAUCAGCGCCGGCGGCACCCGGACAGCCUGCCCCGGGGGGAAGUGAGGGUCGAGGGCAUGCUGAGGGAGCCGUGGAAGAAGAAUCUAUUUACGCCCGAUAACAGGCCGGAUAAGGGCGAGUUUUACUUUCCCGACGUGAAGCAGAUGGCUGAGUUGACCGGGAGUCAACCGGUCUGGAUUGAACAGACUAUGGACCCUGAUUAUUUCCAGGUUCUCGACAUGGAAAAAAAGGGCAUCCCCAUCGGGAAGCCGGCAGAGGUGAAUCUGCGCAACAACCAUGCCCAGUAUAUCUUCACCUGGUAUGGCCUUGCCGUAGCGACCUCCAUCAUGUUCUAUAUGGUGGUCAAGAAGCCAUCGAGCGAGGUAGCUCGACGUGUUCGUAUGAACAAACACUGGUGACGGCACCCGGCGGAGUCAUCCCAUAGCUCAGGUGACCUUUUCGUCCUCCCCACCGCCCUUCCCCCUGCGGCGCUUCUUUGGAGCGGAGGGGGGCGUCAUGCGCAGCUCCUGCAGCAGCUCCCUAGGAAGGUGCCGUUGGGCGAGAGCGAAUGGUGUAAUAUGUGAGUUGAUCUGACGCUGCCUGGAAGGUGUCAGUCAUGUACAUCAUUAUACGAGAUACCCAACGAUAAACUGUACAAUACCUCUUCAUCAGGGUGAGCACAUCACUCUCGUCGAUCGUCUUUCGGCCUGCGUGUUUUGCGUAUGCCUGCAGGUCCUCACCCACCUGCUCAAAGAACCAGUCUGAC